AUGGAGGUUCAAGCUUUCAAAAUUAGGGUUUCAUAAGAUAAUAAAGUUAGAGAUUCGUUUGCUCCAGAAUAUCAUCUAAGACAAAAUAGUAACAACACUACUCGCUUAAAUGAUGAAGGUAAUGAUUCUGGUAUCAAUGACCAUCUCACGUCUGCUCGCUUUAAUUUUCCAGAAGAAAUAGAAGAUUAAAAUGGAAAUAAUUAAAACUAAAUCAAUAAUGAGAAUCAAAACUUACCUAUAAUUUAAUAAUAAAAUUUCUAAUUGUAAAAGUAGUAACAGUAGCAUUUUACAGCCUAUCAAAAGAAGAAUGUUGAAUUGAGCGAUUACAGUAGUAAUGGUAAGCACAAUUUAAAUAGUAAUGGAAACUAUAACACGUAAAGGACAAAUUAGUCUAAUCAAACUCUUAGCGAAUCGAACACUGUUGUUAAAGAAAAAUAGCCUGAAGAAUUACUAGCAAAUGAAGAAGAAGAAUAUGAUGAAGAACACUUUUAAAAUGGCAAUUAACUAGCUAACUAAUUUGACAAGUAUUAACAGUAAAGUCACUACAAUUAACUAGUUCUUCAUCAUCAAUAAAUUUAAUAAAAGCAACUUUAUCAGAAGUAAAAUGUGCAUUUGAACGGCAAUGCUUAGUAAAAACGAUUGUUGUAUGAUGUUUAAAAUAAUUAGCAUCAAGAAGAAGACUUAGACUAAUAAUAUUUACAUAAUUAGAGCUAAAAUAGCAUGAAUUAAGUUGAUAUCGAGUUUUUAGGGGAAGAUAAUUAAGUUAUUGCUUAACCCAGCAACUCAGGAUUUUAAAGAUAGAUGCCACACUAAUAAAAUCAAGGCAACUAUUAAAAUCCGUUGUUAUAAAAAUAAUAGUAGAAUAUAAUCAAUCAGUAAGUAAAUAGAUAAAUUAAUAACAAAUCUAUGUAGCAAAGUUUUGGUAUAUUUAAUUAAUUUGAUUAGAAUUAACAAUAGUAAUAAUUACAAAAAAUUAAAAAUGUUUAUUAACAAUCAAAUGGAGGGUAGUUUUUUAGCAAUAAUGGGGUAGAUGAUGGAGAAGAAUAUGAUUACGAAUCUGGGCAUUUAUAAGAUUAUAACGAUCAUUAUGUAAAAAACAACUAAUACUUGAGUAAUCUAUAGCAGAAGUAACAGAUUUACACAAAUCCUCAAUAGCUUUAAUAUAACUAAAAAGUUUAUUAGUAGUAUCCCGCUUAACAGAUUAAACAUAGUAAUUAAAUUUUGAAUUAAUAGAAAUAAUAACAAUAAACAGCUCUUUAGCAGUUAAAAUAAUAAAAUCAAGAUCAUUCAAAUUAUGGUAGUUAAAGUUUAAAUGCUAAAAUGUAAAGUGGACAAGCAACAAAUAAUUAUAUCCAUAAAAGGAAUGCUUCAUAGUUAAAUUAUACAUAAAAAUAGUGCCACACCUACUCCGAUGAUGAAGUAUUGACAUUGACUCAUGGAGAAGAUGAUGAUCGACACAUAUAUUUAGAAGAUAAUUAAGAGCAAAUUUAAAAUUAAUUAAACAAUUCAGGAAAUCAUAAUAAUAAUAAUUAAUUAAAUCUUUCAGGUUUUAAUGGUUAAAGUUCUUACCAAGCUUGUUACCCAUUGCCUAAUUCUAACCUUUAAAAAAUAGACAAGUAAACAAUUGAUGAGCAUUCUAACAACACUUCAAACAAUGAGGAAGGUAUAGUCAACAUUUCUUCGAUCAAAAAGAAUGUUAUUACUCACUAAAACACUCCUUCCCAUACUAAUUAUCAAGCAUAAACUUCUCCUAUCCCUCUCAAGGAAAGUAACAAUAAUCAGUAGUCCAAUAUAAAAAACUAAAUUGAAUCAAACUAAGGAAUUACUAACUAUUAAAAAAAUAUAAUUAACUCUAACACAAAUUAAUAAUCUCGCAAGAAUAAUUUUAAUGAAGACAAAGAAAACUAAACACCUCAUAAUUCAUUAUCUGUUAAAUAAAGAGAAAAUUCUGCAAAUUUGUAAAAAGGUUAUGGAAAUUCCAAUAAACACCAAGCAAACUUAUCCCCUAUUUCUAUCACUCCUUAUAAUCAGAGCUUAUAAAAUUCAUGCAACUAAUCUUAUAUUAAAGUAGAUAAGGAAGAUAAAGUAAAGUUGAAUAAUCAAAAAUAAAAAUUAGAUAUUUCAGCAGAUGAAAACAUAUAAGAUACUUCAUAUAGUAUGUUUUUACCAGGCGCAAAUUAUUUAGAUGAAGAAAUAUAUUUACAAAGCACUUCAGUUGCUAAGUAAAGCAGCAAAAAUUGGAAAAAUAAUUAAAAUGUUAGUUAAAAAUAAUAUCAAAAAAAUUAACUGUAAAACCCUAUUAUGAAUUAAGAUGGAGCUUAAAGAUUCACUGAAGAGUAAUUAGAUUGUAGCUAAUUAAACAUAAAAGACUUACAAGAUGGAUACUACUAUGAGGGUUAAGAUAAAUUAAAUGGUUAUUAUUUAGAUGAGUAAAGCAGAAAUAUCUAAUUAGCCAAAAUAUAGAACUAGUCAUUAAUUUCUUCAAAAAACGAUACCUAAAACAAUUCUUAGCUGAAUAAGAAACCUGUAACGAGUACAGCAGGAAUCAAUAAAUUUUGUUAAAGUAAAAAUGUAAAUAAGACAACAAAUUCUACAUCAGCAACAUAAUCGACUUCUGUUACAUUUUAAACUUAAGGCUUUCCAAGAGAUUCAAUUGGUAGCAAAGAAAACAUUUACAAUAUAUCUAACUUAACAUCUGAAGGAAAAAAUAUGAAUACUUAAGAAAAUAAAGUAAAAGGAAAAUUAAAUAACUAAAAUAAAUUGAUUACUGAAGGAGAUUUAGAGGCAAUUGAAUUCGAAUAAGUAGUUGAAAAGUAGAAUAAUUAAAACUAAUAAAAUUUUUCAGAAAAUAAUUAAAGAGCUAUCCAAAUAGCUUCAGUCGAUAACAGAGACAAAUAAAAAAUGAAAACAAUUUGCAGUAGAAGCAGCAGCUAAGAGAGCUAAAAUGAAAAAGAUAGUAGCAAGCUUGAAUUGGACAAAUCAAGAAAUAAAAAUGAAGCCUAAGAAAAACUUAUUCGCUAAAAAUCAUAGAUGGUUUUUGAUUACUAAAAAGUAAUCGAGCAAAUUAGUAAGGAAAAUGAGCAGUUGAAGCAAGAAAGAGAAGAAAAAAAUAUAACAAUUCUAGCAUAAAAGAAGUACAUUCAAGAGCUAGAGGAGUAAUAAAAAAACAAUAAAGAGCAAGAAUUGAAUGAAGAGCUCAUAUAAGAGAAUUAAAAGUUAAAUGAGGAAUAUAAAACCUUGCAAAUUGAAUACAAAGAAUUUUUGGAUUAAAAUAUUUAACUCAUUAAUGAAAAUAAAUAAUUAAUAAAAUAUAAUAAUGAGCUUGAAAGUAGCUUGUAAGAACUACAAUCAAAGUAGAGUGUAAUUGAUUCAUCUGUUCAAAUGCAAUUUUCAAACUAAAUAAGCUAACUGUAAUUAUAAAUUGAAAAAAUUACUGCAGCAAAAGACUAAGAAAUUGAAUAGCUUAAAAAAUCUAUCAUGGAAAUAUCAUCCCAUAAUUAAUAGAAUGGAAGAAAAAAUAGUAUCGGUGCAUCCUAGGAUCAGUAGCAUCAGAUUAUGCAGCAAGCUAAAAAAUUAGAAAAAGGUACAUCGUUUGAGUCUAUGAACAUCUCUUCAGCUAUGACAGAUAACUCUUUCUCUUAAUCUUUUAAUGGCCAUCCUCCUCGCAAAUAACAGAAUUUACAUAAAAAUCAAUAAUCAAAUGUUCAAAAUUCUCAUAACAAUUCAAACCACUCAAACAAUAACUUCAAUACAAUCUGCUCCCAUCCAAGCUAAGAUGAAUCUAAUAAUUGCUCUCAGUCUUAAAAUUAACAAAACUAUCGCAGAACUAGAUCUUCAAGUCUUUCAUACAAAGGAAUAGAUUAAUCUUUACAAAAUUCAUACUACAAUUAAAAUAAUAAUAUUUAUUCGUCUUAAUCAAAUCAUCAACAUAGUGGAUCAUUUUCUCAAAGUAAUUAGAGUAUGCAAUCAUAAUAAACUCAUAGUAAUGCUACACAAAUAUGUGGAGCUUCUUCUUAAAAUAACUAAAGAACAAAUAUAUUUUCUAUAUAAGAACUAAUGAGUUUAUUGUAAUUAAGUUAAGAAUAAGAAAUACUGUAGAAAGUGAAGGAAAUUCAGGAAUAUAACAUAAAUACCAAGAAAUUUAUAAACUGUAUAAUAGAUAUGAUAUAAAAAUGUGCUCCUCAAGGCUACUUUACAAAUAAAAAACCUGAUCUCAAGCAAUGCUGGAAUAUUUUGAAGAAAAUAAUGGAUAAAUAUCUUGUGUUAAAGGUCAAUAUGAUCAAAGAUUAAGUAGAUUAAGAAUUGGUUAUUAAGAUAUAAUCUUAUUUAUAAAUUAAUGAUAAGGAGUAGAUUGUUGAUAAAAUAGCAAAUCUUUAAUCAGAAAAUUAAAAACUCACAAGAAUUAUGAUUCUUGUAAAGAAAACAUUUAAUUUAGAGUGGGCUAAAUCACUUUACGAGUUAGAAAAAGCAUUAGAAAACGAAAGCGAAUAACAAAUUGCUCAAACCAGUAAGAGCUUUAGUGGAAUUAAACAAGAUAACCUACCUUCUCAUUCAUCAUAAGUUACAUUCAAUGGUUACAGCUAAUUAUCUUCAGCUCAUUAAAUAAACUCAAAAGGUUCAGCUUCAAACUUAUAAAAUUUAAAUAAUCAUUCUUAAUUAUCUUAAAUGAGAGGAGUGCAUAAAAAAGAAUCCAUUCUUAAUUAAGAGCACAAUUAAAUACAACAACAUCAAUAGUAAUAUUAAAUUUAUGGAUCAGCUGCAUCUUCUCAAAGAAUUGAUUCUGCUAAUUCAAAUCAUAUAGUUCAUCAUAAUCUUCUUAUUUGA